AUGGCAACCAAAUUCAGGAUGAGUUUGUCAUCGUCGUCGUCGUCGUCGUCGUCGACGUCGACGUCGUCCUCGCGCAAGUCGCGCAGAACGACUAGCAUCUCUAACGUCAUGUACACCAACGCUGUCUACUUCCCCAACGAACGCAUAUAUCAGGGCGAUACGCCCGCCGCCAUGAACUAUGGCUGCAUCAAUCAUGUAUAUUACGCCUUUGCAAACAUUUCGGCCGACGGCGGGGUCUUUCUGAGCGAUGAGUGGGCGGAUGCCCGCGCACCGGUUGACGGCGUCCAAGGUGGCCUUGGUUCCCUUAUGCAUUUGAAGCAGAAGCACCCACACUUGCAGGUCGUCCUCUCCAUCGGCGGCGGUAGCUCAAGCGCCAUCUUCCCCUCGGUGGCUGCCAACACGUUGUAUAGAGACAACUUUGCCAGGUCUGCGAGGGGUCUUGUGGAUGCGUCGGGCCUCGACGGGAUCGACAUCAUGUGGGAGUAUCCGUGUGACUCCGAACAAGGUCACCAUUUUCUUGCCCUUCUUGCUGCGGUUCGCCUACAUAUGCCGGAGAGCCAUUACCUUCUCACCGCUGCGCUUCCCGCCGCGAGAGCAGUCCUGCAGUACAUUGACCUACAUCGGACGGCCGAUUAUCUCGACUACCUCAACCUGAUGGCGUACGACUUUGCCGGCACAUGGACACACAGAAGCGGCCAUCACGCGCAACUGUACGCGAUGAGCAAGGACGAAAAUUCGGGUGCCUCGGGAGUCCAAUAUCUGGUUUCACAGGGCUUUCCCUCGCAAAAGAUCCUUCUCGGCAUCCCCUUGUACGGCCGCAGCUUCCUGCAUGCCACCGGACCAGGCCAGAAGUUCAAGGGGGCGGGCGGGAGCAACGGCACUUUCGAGUACAACCAGCUGCCACGCCGCGGAACGAAGGAGAUUGUGGACAAGAAAUCCAUCGCAGCUCAGUGUGUCGGCGCGGACGGCGGCUUCGUGACGUACGACAACCCCGACACGGUGAAGAUGAAGGCGGCGUUCUGCAAACAAAAGAGCUUGGGAGGGCUAUUCUACUGGAGCGGGCCAGCGGACGCGAAGGACAGCUCACGGAGUCUGAUAGCAACCGGGUUCAGGGCACUGCACAGCUCCUGA